AUGGCCGAAUCACCAAUCGCUGAGCCUGCGAUGGCGCAAGAUACUGCUCUCGUGUCGGAGGAGCAGUCAGAGCAGCAACAGCAGCUUGAACCCGUCAAGAAAACCAAGAAGAUCAUUCGGAAGAAACGCCGCCCAGCUCGCGUUCAGGUCGAUCCUUCAGAAAUCAAGUCUGAACAGCCCCCACAGACUGGAGAUCUCUUCAAUAUUUGGUACAGCAAAUGGUCCGGCGGUGAUCGCGAAGAUAGAUUCGGAUUGAAUACACCUGCACCGACGAGAUGCGACCCUAUUAAGGAUUCGGGAUACACCAAGGCGGAUCGCGUGACUGGUUCAUUCUUCUGUCUUUAUUUCGCGAAGGGAACGUGCUGCAAAGGAGCGGACUGUGAAUACCUUCACCGGCUACCGACUAUUCAUGAUCUCUUCAAUCCUAACGUGGAUUGUUUCGGUCGUGACAAGCAUUCGGAUUACAGAGAUGACAUGGGUGGUGUUGGAUCUUUCCAACGGCAAAAUCGCACACUCUACGUCGGCAGAAUUCAUGUCUCGGACGGAAUUGAAGAAAUUGUGGCCCGCCAUUUCGCGCCAUGGGGAGAAAUUGCACGAACCCGAGUUUUGACCGGCCGCGGAGUUGCUUUCGUGACAUAUGUGAACGAGGCCAACGCCCAAUUUGCCAAGGAAGCUAUGAGCCACCAAGCCUUAGAUGACAACGAAAUCCUGAACGUACGAUGGGCAACAGUUGACCCCAACCCAAUGGCACAAAAGCGCGAGGCACGUCAAUUGGAAGAGCAAGCCGCUGAAGCAGUGCGCCGCGCACUACCGGCAGCUUUCGUGGCCGAGAUCGAGGGUCGAGACCCCGAAGCUAAGAAGCGCAAGAAGAUCGAGGGCAGUUUCGGAUUGGAUGGAUACGAUGUUCCAGAUGAUGUGUGGCACGCUCGCACACGACAGCUCGAGUCAGCACCGGAGGCUGCUCAGCUUGAGGCUUCGGAAGAGCAGUUGAUGAUUGAGCCGUCAUACGCACAGCCUGAGCCCGAAGCUCAGAAUGGAAUUUUCUCUAGUGCGACUGUGGCUGCGCUGCGUGGACUGGCUGGUGGUAAUGUUAAGACACAGGCUGCGUCCAAGCCUUCUGGGCCUUUAGUUGCUUAUGGAAGCGAUGAUGAGAGCGAUUAG